GGUUUUUCCCCGUUUUAUUUAAACUACAGAAGGAAGUGUUACACUAAUCAGAUAAAAAGAAUGGAUAUAUGAUAAAUUCAGUGGAAACUUUGUAUUUUGGUAUUGUUUGUUAUGUUGUAUUAUGGGUUGUUUGAUAAAUUUUUAAAGUGUUGUAUUUAAUUUGUCUGUCUUUGUCCGUUAUUCUUUUUCGUUUUAAAGAACCCCCAACCUUUUUGUAUUAUUGUUUCUUUAUUUUCAAUUAUGGAUAUCUCAUUUUGUGUAAUUUUUGGGAAUCCUUUAAACGGGUAGCCUUUUGACAAACUUCUUAUCUGCCCACUAACACAUUUGCUUCAAACUAUUCAAUUUUUUUUAAUGUAUGGAGAUCUUGUUUCCUAUAAUUGUGAAAUGUGCAUUUCAUCGAAUAGCGCCAAUGCAAUUUUUUUUAUUCUCAUAUCAUCUAUGUCAUAAUUAAACACCUAUUAUUUGCUGGCUUUUCUGUUCCAUUUUUUAUUUUUUUUCAAGGAAUGAUUUGCUGGCUUCUUUGGUCAAGAAUCCAGUGAAAAUUUAGACUUUGUUUGUGGGCAAUGCCAUGAAAAUGUAAGAUUAGAUUUGAUGUCCAGGAAAGUCUGUUCUUGGUACAGUUCUCAUGUCUUUGAGGUUGGUGUUGUUUAUUCCUGUUACUGUGAGACAGUUGCCUACUAUUUCACUGAAACCCACUAUUAUAUUCAUUUUCGAGCUUUUGAUUAGUCAGUCUGUGAUUCUUGUAAUUUCUUGUCAGCCCUUUGAUGUUUUGCUUUCUUUCUUCACUUGGUGAUUCCAUGCAUUUCAAAGUGGGAUUGGGUUCUUGGGAUUUAGAAGCAUUUAAUCUGAGGCGGUCCUUUAGCUUCUAUACAUUACGGGAGGUGCCUAUUCACAGAAUGCGACGGUGAUUUAUUCCUUUUGAUGGAAAUUGAGGUUUCAGGAACGUCCUCUACUCAGUCUCGUCCCUAGACAAAAGUGCAGACCUUACUGACUAUAUUCUAAAAGUUAAAGGGUUGGUUGCUAAUGGAUUCUUUGAUGAGACCCUCAAACUGUUUCAGAAGCUUCACUGUUCCAGUGUUAUUGGAAAUGACUUCAUUCUUCCCUCCAUUCUUAAAGCUUGCAGUGCUUUGCAGGCCCUGCAACUUGGCCGUCAAAUCCAUUGCCAGGUUAUCAAAAUGGGUCACGAGUUUGACACCAUUACCCAGAACUCUCUUUUGACGAUGUACGCAAAAUGCAGUGACGUAGAGGCUGCAUCACUCAUGUUCAAUGCCAUGUCAAAGGGAGAUAUUGUCUCAUGGAAUGCCAUGAUUUCAUGUCACACUCGAAAUGGAAACUGCACCAAAGCUCUGCAACUUUUCAAACUCAUGGAAGGAUCAGAUAUGGAGCCAAACAGAGCAACAAUGUGCUCUUUAGUGGCUGGGUUUGCUCAGAAUAGUUAUGGGGCUGAAGCAUUGGACAUAUUUAAGAGGUUUCAAGCCUAUUAUGGGCUUAAACCCACUUCUGGUAUUAUGGUUAGCCUUCUUCUGGUUUCUGCACAAAUUGGUUUCCUUGAAUUGGGUAGAGAGAUCCAUGCUUAUAGUAUUCGGCAUGAAUUAGACACCUCUCUCUCUCUGGAAACUGCCCUGAUGGACAUGUAUUCAAAGUGUUGUAACUUAAGAUCAGCUUAUGAGUUAUUCAAAAGGAUGCGUGAGAGAAAUGAAGUUUCCUGGACCGUUAUGAUCUCAGGAUUUGCACGCAAUGGAGAUCCUGCUCUCUCUCUUGAUCUACUCCGGCUUUUGCAGGUUGAAGGGAUGAAACCAAACAGAGUGACUUUGAUCACAGCUUUACCUGCCUGUGCUGAAUUAAGGGCUGUAAAACAGGGAAAGGAGAUUCAUGGAUUUGCCAUAAGGCAUUGUUAUGCCUCUGAUCCUCGGGUUACAGGGGCUCUUAUCGACAUGUAUUCAUGUUUUGGGGCUGUGGACCUUGCUGAUCUGGUUUUCAAAGGGGUAGAGCAGGAAAGAGACGUUGUGUUAUGGAGCUCAAUUAUUUAUGGUUGCUCGAAUAACGGCCGAAGUCUUGAUGCUUUGGAUCUCUUUUCUCAAAUGCGGAUGAGUGGGACCAGACCCAAUUCAGUUACUCUACUUGGUGUUCUUUCAGCUUGCACCAGUCUAUCGGCCAUGCAACUGGGACAAGCGGUCCAUGGCUAUAGCGAGAAAACUGGUUUAGUCUCCGCAGUCUUUGUUAGAAACUCACUGAUAAGCUUUUAUUCUAAAUGCGGCUCUAUUGAAGCGGCAAGAGGAGUCUUUGAUGGGAUUCUAGAGAGAGAUUGUAGGUCUUGGAGCUCCAUGAUUACUGGCUAUGGUUUGAAUGGCCAAGGAAAAGAAGCUCUCCAAGUUUUUAAUGAGAUGCUAAACCUCGGUUUCAAACCAGACCUAAUUGUUUUCCUUUCUGCCUUAUCAGCUUGCAGACAUUGUGGUCUAGUGAGAGAAGGAUGUGAGAUAUUUGAUUCCAUGACCAAGGUUUAUGAGAUUGAUCCAGGUCCUGAGCACUAUGCUUGCUUAGUGGAUCUUUUGGGUCGAUCGGGAAGGCUUGAAGAGGCAUGUGGAAUUGUGAAGAAUAUGAAGGUGAAGCCGAGUCCAAGUGUAUGGAGUUCUUUGGUUUUUGCAUGUAGAACUCAUGGAAGAGUUGAGAUGGCAGAGAAGCUCUUGGACCAACUUAUUGAAUCAGAACCAGAAAACCCUGCAAAUUAUGCCAUGUUAUCGAAUGUAUACGUCGACGGUGGUAAAUGGGAUGGUGCAGAGAGGUUGAGGAGGAUGAUGAGAGAGAGAGGACUGAAGAAGUAUCCUGGGUUUAGUUGGGUUGGGAUUGGUAUUGAUAGAUGAUGCUAAGGCAUUAUUUUCAGGGGAAAUAUCUAAGAUACCUCUGUAAGUAGUGGAUGCAAUUUCCUAAAUAUCAGGUUCGAGGA